UCUCCCCUUCUCUCUUCCUGUAGGAGGUGAUGCUGGUGUGGUGCCAGUCACACAUGCCCAAGGCCAUGAAGGACCAGGAAGCACAGGAGCACUGAUGAGGAGCCCCCUGACCCCUGUGUCUACUGUUAUUCCCACAGCAGCAGGGAGCUUCAACUCGAAGACCUUCACCAUCAACUUCACCAUCACCAACAUGUUUUACAAAACCAAGAUGGGUCAAAGGGGUUCCAGCACAUUCCGUGUUGCUGAAUUUGUCCUGCAGCACCUGUUCAAGGUAUUGUUUGAAAGAAGCAGCCUUGGCUCUCAGUAUUCUGGAUGCAGUGUGACCUUGCUGAGGUCUAUGAAUAAUGGGAAAGCAACAGGAGUGGAGGUUAUAUGUUCUUAUCAGGAAUUUUUCUCCAUCCCUGUCUUGGACAAGAAGAAGAUUUACCAAGAGCUGAGUCAACAGACUAAUGGAAUAACAAGGCUCGGAGGUUAUAUUCUAGAUGAGGAAAGCCUGUAUGUGGAUGGGUAUAACCCCCAGAUGCCAACUCCCUCCACAAACACUGGUGAUGCUGUGGUGGGGCCAGUCACACCAGCCCAAGGUCAUGGAGCACCAAGACUCACAGUAGCACUGAUAAGGAGUCCCCUGACUCCUGUGUCUACUAUUAUUCCCACAGCAAGUGGGAGACCAAGACUGGAAACUUUUACUAUGAAUUUCACCAUAAACAACACUCUGUACACAGAAGAUAUGGAACAGCCAUACUCAGAGAAAUUCAGCUCUACAGAGAGAAUCCUCCAUCACCUACUCAGAGGCUUGUUCAAGAACAGUAGCCUGGCUUCUAGCUAUACUAGGCCUGUGAAGGAUGGGGAAGCCACUGGAGUGGAUGUUGUGUGUGCCCAUUAUAAAGACCCCAGCAGGCCUGUCCUGUACCACGUGAAGGUUUACUUGGAGCUGAGCAACCAGACCUAUGGCAUCAUCAGGCUCGGCCCCUACACCCUGAACAGCGACAGCCUCUUCCUCAUUGGUUAUAAUGAUAAACAUUCUGGGACCAUAAGCAGGCCCAGUAGAGCAAGCGAGGGCAGAAUGAUGACCACAGCUGGAGAAUCACAGACCAUAAUCAUUACAAUUUCCAGCCCUGCAGUAAGAACACACUCUGUUCUGGCAACAACAGCAGCCCCGACCACUGCCUGUGCUAUUGACUUGGAAAAAAUCACUGUGCCUGCUUCCUCUGCCUUGCCAGAGCUCAUGGUAGCACCAUUUGCCUGGUCUGGAGUGGCGACCAGCCCAUCUGAAACUACGCUCAUUGCCGAAAUCUGUACCCCACUUGGGGCUGGGACAGGAGGAGGGAGCCCCAUAGGUGUCCCUUCACACCUCACUAGUCUUGACACGACAACAUCAACCACAGUCUUUCCCUGCACCAAUGUGCCCCCAGCACAGUCUACAAUGUGCUCUACAAUCAGCCUACAAUCAGCCACAACUCUUUGCCGGGUCAGUAGAGAAGAACGAAAGCCAAAGACCUCUCUGGACACAUCUGCUUCAGAGACCACAGCCAUGGCUACUGCAAGGGUAUGGCUGGCCCUGACCAAGACUCCAACCACAAUGGACAUCAGCAGAGGAGCUGAGGCUGUGGUUCUGUCCACAAGUGAUUUGCCCACCAGCUCAGCUGUCCCACUCAUUCCCACAGAUAAAGUAUCCACCCAGACCACCAUGACCACUAUUGCACACACUGCAGCAGGGAGCUCCUACUCCAAGACAUUCACCCUCAACUUUACCAUCACCAACAUGUUUUAUACACCAGACAUGGGUGAAAGGGGCUCCAACACAUUUAAGGCUGCUGAGAAUGUCCUGCAAGUUCUGCUGAAGUUCUUAUUUGGAAUGAGCAACCUUGGCUCUCACUAUUCUGCAUGCAGUGUGAACUUGCUGAGGUCUCUGAAGAAUGGGACAGCAACAGGAGUGGAUGUCCUGUGUACUUUUCAGGAAGAUUCCUCCAACCCUGUCCUGAACAAAGAGAAGGUUUACUGGGAGCUAACUGAACAGAUUCAAAGAAGAAGGCUAAAACAUGUGCUUAUAGAGAGGGACAGCCUCUUUGUGGAUGGGUAUCAUCAUAAGCAACCAGGCAUCAUAUCCACAAAGAAGAGUGAGAUUGCUGUAGGACCUGUCACCCAUAUCCCAGACCAUGGAGCACCAGGAGACAUGACAUCAGUGACUAGCAGCCUCUAUGAAUCCACAGUAGGUGCCAUUGCAGCAGGGAGCUCCUACUCCAAGACAUUCACCCUCAACUUUACCAUCACCAACAUGUUUUAUACACCAGACAUGGGUGAAAGGGGCUCCAACACAUUUAAGGCUGCUGAGAAUGUCCUGCAAGUUCUGCUGAAGUUCUUAUUUGGAAUGAGCAACCUUGGCUCUCACUAUUCUGCAUGCAGUGUGAACUUGCUGAGGUCUCUGAAGAAUGGGACAGCAACAGGAGUGGGUGUCCUGUGUACUUUUCAGGAAGAUUCCUCCAACCCUGUCCUGAACAAAGAGAAGGUUUACUGGGAGCUAACUGAACAGAUUCAAAGAAGAAGGCUAAAACAUGUGCUUAUAGAGAGGGACAGCCUCUUUGUGGAUGGGUAUCACCAUAAGCAACCAGGCAUCAUAUCCACAAAGAAGAGUGAGAUUGCUGUAGGACCCGUCACCCUUAUCCCAGACUAUGGAGCACCAGGAGAUAUGACAUCAGUGACUAGUGGCCUCCUGACCUAUGAAUCCACAGUAGGUGCCAUUGCAUCAGAGAGCUCCUACUUGAAGGUUUUCAACCUCAAAUUCACCAUCCUCAACCUGUUCUACACAACAGACAUGGGUCAAAGGGGCUCCAGCAAAUUCAACUCCAUUGAGGAUGUCCUGCAACCUCUGAUCAACAACUUGUUUAGAAAAAGCAGCUUUGGCCCUCACUAUUUUGGAUGCAGGCUGACUUUGUUAAGAUCUAUGAAGAAUAGGAUAGCAACAGGAGUGGAUGUCGAAUGUGCUUAUCAGGAAGAUUCCUCCACCCCUGUCCUGGACCGAGAGAAGAUUUACUGGGAGCUGAGUGAACAGACCCAUGGAAAAACAAGGCUGGGACCCUACAUUCUACAUAAGGAAAGCCUUUAUGUGGAUGGGUAUACCCAUCAGAUACCAACCACCACCACAAACACCUGGAGACCCAGUCUAGAGGCUUUCACCCUGAACUUCACCAUCACCAACCUGCUGUACACAGAAGACAUGGGGCAGAAGGAUUCCAUCAAAUUCAAGUCCACUGAAAAGAUUCUUCAGAACAUGCUUGGCCCUUUGUUUGAGAACAGCAGCCUUGGUUCCAGUUAUUCCAGGUGCAAACUGACUUUCCUAAGACCUCUGAAGAAUCUGACAGUGACUGAAAUAGGUGUCAUCUGCCUCUAUCAGAGUGAUUCCACUGGUCCCUUCCUGGAUAGAGAGAGGGUUUACUGGGAAUUCAGCAAUCAGACUGGGGGCAUCACUAGACUGGGGCCCUAUACACUCGACAGGGACAGUCUCUACCUCAAUGGUUAUAACCAUCACUUACAAUCUUCCACCUGUACUCCUAUCCAGACCACAAUCCCUUCAAGAAUUUCCUCAGCUCCUUCACUACUGACCAAUUCCUCAGUAUCUGGCAGCUUUAGCCUGGAGUCUUUUACCCUGAACUUCACAAUCAACAACUUGCUCUGCACAGCAGACAUGGGACGGCCAGGCUCCCAAAAGUUCAACGCCACUGAAAGAGUCCUACAGCGCCUGCUCAGCCCCUUGCUUGAAAACAGUAGCCUUGGCUCUGACUAUUCUGGAUGCAGGCUGACCAUGCUGAGGCCCAUACAGAAUGGGACAGCAACCGAAUUCCUAUGUGGCCACUGGAAAACUCCCACCACCCCUAGCCUGGACAGGAAGAAGAUUUACUGGGAGCUGAGCAAUCAGACCCAAGGUAUCACCAGGCUGGGUGCCUAUACCCUGGACAAUAAGAGCCUCUAUCUCGAUGGAUACAGCUAUCAGAUGAAUCUUUCCUCCUCCACAAGUGCUGGAGGUCCCAACUUUGAGCCUUUCACACUGAAGUUCACCAUCACCAACAUGAGGUACACAGCAGACAUGGGGGAAAGGGGCUCCAGCAUAUUCAUCUCCACUGAGAGAGUGCUGCAGCGCCUGCUCAGUUCCUUGUUUGAAAAGAGCAGCCUUGGCUCUCAGGAUUUUGCAAGCAAAUUGACCUUACUGAGGCCUAUGAAGGAGGGAAGAGCAACCCUAGUUCAUUUCACUUGCAUCCAUCGGAGAGAUCCUUCCAGCCCUGUCCUAGAUAGAGAAAAAAUUUACUGCGAGUUGAGCUAUCUGACCUGGAGCAUCACCAGGCUGGGCCCCUACACAUUAGAGAAGGAUAGCCUCUACCUCAAUGAUUACAAUCAUUUGGCCAUGGCCCCCACCAAAAUGCGUGAGUGUCUCUAUUGGAAAGGGAAUAGUUACUUCAUUUUACCCUUCACCUUCAAGACUGAUUGGAUUUCCUGGUGAUAAUGACAAUAAUACCAUUCAUAUAUUAUUUAAUAUGUUAUUUCAUUUGAUCCUCAAUAAAACCCUGGGAGGUGGGUGUUAUUGAUUUCUGAAUUUUCCAUAUGAGGAAACUGAGACCGAGAGACAUUAAUUUCAGCUAGCAAGUACAGGAGGCAAAGUUCAUACUCAGGUCUUCCAAACUCCCAAAUCCAGCACCCAAUUUACUCUGCUGUCCUUAAUUUCAAGCCUCUCAUUCUCUUUGAGCCCCAGUUUUCCUCAUCUGGAGAAGGAAGGAAUUGUAUUAAACAGCCACUGAGGUCUAUCUCAGCUCUAUAUUUAUGACCCUAACCUUCCUAUUAAGCCAGGAGAAUAAGGAGAGCAUGUAGUUUCCUAAAGAUCGGAGCAGAAAAAGAGUGGAUUGUUUCAUACACUUAGUGUCUCUUUGUCUCAUUCUCUUUUUCCCAUGCUGAAAGCUUCCUAUUCUCUCAUAGCAUUUCAUAGAGGUCUCUCCUCCACGGAACAGAUCUGUCUCCCAAGUGACCAGGUCCAACAAAUGGGAUUCUGUUUCAUUGGGUCAUUCACCCCGAACUUUAUUUUUCUCUUUUGCCAUGUUGGGCUCACUCUCCCAUGUUGUCCACUUUUUGGAUUCCGGGUUAUAAUGAAUGAAGUCCAGUCCUACGCAGUGUUAAUAAGUAUGUUCAUACUCAUUUGAAUCCUGGGUUCAUUCCCCUAUUUGACAACUGGAGUUAGGCCCCAAUGUGACUGUGUGAGCUAGUCAAAGACCUUAUUAUCCAAGCCCCUGAUCCUGAAUGACAUCCUGCAGAAGUGAUGAGGAAGGAAUCCAAGAAGUGGCCUUCGCAGCUUUGGGGAAGCAGUGAGAAAGACUUCAUACACAGCAGGAAGCCUUUGAAUGGAUAUUAAAUGACCACUUUUCUAGGAUGUUCUUCAGCCACAUGUGUUUUGAGCAGCCUUACAGCUUUGAAAUUGUACAUUUUGGUGAUUCUGUGAAGAAAAGACUCCAGUUAAGGAAAGGGGACUCUAGAUCUUUCUAUACCCUCUUGCCUCAGAGCCAUGGCCUUUUGCUCUAAUAUUUCCUCUUCUUUUACUAUAAAUUGGAUGGAGAUGACAAGAUAAACUGUCUUCAAAGUCAGUAAAUUACUCAACAAACAUGUGUUAAGCUCCAACUAUGUAUCAGCUACUCUGUCAGGUGAUGGGGGUGUAGAGUCAAAAUGAAAGGAAGCAAUCCUUUCUCUAAAAGCAUUCACAUUUUAUUGUGAGGGAUGACAUCCAUAUGAGCAUUGAUGGGUGUGUAUGAUACACACACUUAUGUAGCCCAAAUUCAAAAGUCAAUUCAAGUUUGAUGGAAGAGUGUUAGCAGUUGGUAAUAAUCAGAAAGGAAUCCCUUGCAAGGUGGUCUUGAAGGAAGAAAGAGAGAUUCUAUUGAAGAGGUGAGGAGCAGUGCAUUCUAGGCAUGAGUUGGGUCAAUGAAAAAGAAUGGAGAUGAGAAAUAUAGUACCCUAUGUGAGGAACAGAGAGAGUCUUGUUUGGCCAGACCAUAGGGUGUGGGAAGGAGAAUAGGGCAUCACAAGGCAAAAGGUGGUAGUUUAGGGCCAAGUUGCUAAGGGUGCAAAAAUGAUUCUGGAGUCAGCAAAUCUGGGAUCAAAUCCUGCCUCUGACAUUUAUGACCACUGUGGCCUUAGGCAAGUCAUGGGAACUCUCUAGGUCUCCAUUUCCUCUUCUAUCACAUGAGGGUGUUGGACUUGAUAGACUUUGAGAGCCCAUCUUGCUCCAGAAUGUCUUCUAUUUGAUUCUAGAGGUGAUAGAGAACCACUGGAGCUAACUGAAUAAGUGCAUGACAUGGCUAGAUCUUUACUUAAGGGAGCAUGAUAGAGAUCAAGGAUACUGGCAAGUCACAAGCUCACCUCAGCGCUAUGGAACACAGGAGGAGGAGGAGGAUAAGGAGGAGGAUUCACAGGUUGGAAGUAUUUCUGUCAAUCAUAGACCAGGCACCUCAGCUCCUUUUCUUAUGCCAACCUUCCUCACAGGAGCUUGGGCAUCCAGCAAAGGCACUGGAUCCCAUGGAUUAAAUCAUUUGGUGAACUAGUGCAUAUUGAAUUCCUCUCCUAUAGGGCCCUGAGGUUGUACAGAGCAUUCACAACUGCUCUGAGUUCUCUGCUUUUAGGUACAAGAAAUUUCUGCCCACCUUGAAACAUUUUCCUUUUUUUCCGGUUUUAGCACCAGACCCAGCAGUAGCACCUGGUUGUCCCCUGUGGGCCACAGAGCCUGGAGGCUCCCAAGCUGCUAGUUUAAGCUUCCAGUCUUUCACCACCAUUCCCGAGGUGCUGUACACAGAAGAUAUGCAUCUUUCUGGAUCUGACAAGUUCAACUUCACCAAAAGAACCCUGCAGCAACCUUUGAAGAAUGGCUCAGCAAGUGGAGUGAGUUGCCUGUACACACACAAGAGAAAUGUUAGAAGUUCAUUCAGAGACCAAGAGAAGGUUUACUGGGAUGCAAAAAGAGCAUUUCACUAAGCUGGGCUUUUCCUCCUCCCUUGAAAGAGACAGUCUACUCAAUGAUGAGGAGCACAACAGAAUCCCAAGCUCUUUCCUCUAUCCUCAUGCUACUUUCCCCUCCUCCUGCUAAAUUUCCAUUCUGAUUCUGACCUUAAUGUUCUCUCAAAGAUUCAUUAUUUCUCAAUACCCUUUUAUUACACCAAACACAGAAAAUAAACCAUGCCCCUAUCUA